CACUAACCUGUGCCACUAACUGUCCAAAUAUAACCUCACUUAAAUGAUGUAGUUCUGAGUGCAGUUUUCUCAAGUUAGUUUUUCGCAAUAAAUAAAUGUAUGCAUUAGAAUUCAGGAAAAUUUGUUUCUACGUUUUCCACACAUUUUUGUAACAUGGAAAAUUAUCACAAAGGAAAAAAUGUGGAAGAGCCUCUGGAACGCGAUAAGAUCCCAAUACCAAAUCUUCCACCCAAUUUUUUAUGGAUGCAGGUACGAGGAGGCAGUAAAAUUAGGAAUCUACUAACUCAUGCAUUGAACGAAUUUCCUAAUGCCAAAUCUGUGGUUUGGACAGGAUUUGGCCAGUCUGUUGGGAAAGCAGUCACUUGUGCAGAAUUAAUGAAACGUGAAUAUGAAAAUAAAUUGUAUCAGAUAACAAAGCUGUGUUACAGACUUGUUGAGGAAUAUUGGGACCCAGUUAUUCCAGAGUUAGACCAGUUGGUGGUUAAAAGGAAUUUACCUAUGAUUCAUAUUUAUUUAUCAUUGGAGCCUUUAAACAAUGAAGAGUUGGGAUAUCAAGCCCCCGGAUCUACAAUUCCUUUUGAGAAAAACGAAAAUCGCAAAGACAACAACAGAAAAUUUCAAAAACCUUCAGGACAUAGGAAAAACGAGAAUAAAGAAAGAGGCGGAAGGUAGUGUUUGCAGUUCAUUUGUAAUAUUUAAAUAUUUAUACCCUUUAAAGCAUUAAAAUUGUGAUAUCUGGAAUUCA